GUUCCGGGGCCAGUGAUGGCGGACGGGGAACGGUCGCCGCUCCUGUCCGAGCAGCACGACGGCACCAACGGCUUCUCUCCCGGGGGCAGCGCGCACGGACAUCCGGCUAAACCUCAGAGUUUGGCGCCGUUCCCCAGCUUGGUGGCUCCCGGGGACGCUCCACCUCCCUACUCGCCUCAGGGCAGCCCGGACAGCAGCAGCGCUCCGAUCAUCAGCUGCCGCGUCUGUCAGAGCACCAUCUCCGUGGAGGGCAAGACGCACCAGCACGUGGUGAAGUGCGGCAUCUGUAACGAGGCGACGCCGAUAAAGAACGCCCCCGUCGGGAAGAAGUACGUCCGCUGUCCAUGCAACUGUCUUCUGAUCUGCAAAGUCACGUCGCAGAGGAUCGCCUGUCCCAGGCCCUACUGUAAACGCAUCAUCAACCUGGGACCAGUUCACAUCGGGAGCGACAGUCCUGAACCGCAGCAGCAACCCGUCGGCAUCAGGGUCAUCUGUGGUCACUGCUCCAAUACAUUCCUGUGGACGGAGUUCUCAGACCGGACCUUGGCCCGAUGUCCACACUGCAGAAAAGUCUCUUCUAUUGGCCGGGGCUAUCCCAGGAGGAGGAGCCUGCUCUGUUUCCUGCUGUUCAUCGUCCUCGCCGGCGCCACUGCAGGACUCCUGUUCGGUACGUGGAGGCCUGCACAGAACUCUAAAGGGAUCUACGCGUCGUGGGUGCUGCUGAUCCUGCUCGCUCUCUUCACCAUGGUGAGAACCAUCUACUGGAGGUGUCUGAAAAUCAGCGAUCCAAUUUCCAACAUCGCGUAGAGGGAGAGGAGAGGAGAGGAAGGAAGGAAGGAAGGAAGUUGAGGAGAGAAGGAGCUGAGAAGGAAAGAAGUAGGUUGUGUAGUUUAAACCGAGAAGCAGAAGCCAGAGUUGACAGCAAAAACGAUGAAUCAUGGACUGGAAGAGCGACGGGUCGGAGGAACGAUUUACAUUUCACAAAUGCUUCACAUUCAUGCCAAAUUAAAUUUGAGCUGCUCAUUUGUCAGAAAAACACAAACUCUAGUUUGACACUGCGACUUCCGUUGAGCUCCAGAAAGUGGCGUUUCCGUGAACGAGUGGAAAAAGAAAACAAGGGUCACUGGAGGGAAGAGAAAAACAUAUAUAACUAAUCUUCAUUGUUGGACUAACAUGUUGUUUCAGAGCCUGAUGCUGCUACGCUGUUUUAUUUCACGCUGUUAAUUUCUCACUGGAAAAAGGUACAUUCUGUUCUAUCAGUGCCAGAGAAUCAUAAAGAGGAUUGUGUCUUUAGACUGAGCGUCUGUUCUGUGUAACUCUGGUGAGUGGGUUCCAUCUCCUGUGAGAAGAACUGACUGAGAGUCACACCUUCAACCGUCACAGUCAGCUCCAGGUGAAGAGUAAAGCUGAACUGAGAUCAGUUAAAAACACUCUGGAGUUAUUAAAAGUAGAGUCCAGGAAAACCUUUCGGGAGAAUCAGCGCUAAACGCUUUUUAUUUUUGAGAAAUACGACAAAAAACGAAGCGAAAAUAUCACACAUUGAUUUAAAUUAACCGACAAAUACUCGACUACUUUCAGAUGUCUUGGAAUAAAGUUUCUGAGGAAUAAAACUCUUCAGUGAAUCAGUGUUUGAAGUUUAUCUGAGAUCAGCUGACAUCUAACACGGGAGAAGAAACAACUAGUCAGCAGUUAGUCACCUUCUUAUCACUCUGUGAACUCACCAAUUAAUCAAAUAUCUCCGUUACCACACAAAGUCAAGUGACCAGAUCGGGUUUAUCAAGUGUUUGCUUUUGUUUUGGGGCAUUUUUCAUUAAAAGGUAUAUUUCAAAUGAAUUGACUAACAAAUUGUGGGAAAGAAAAACACUCUAAAAGGCUUCAAGCAAAAAACAGGCAGAUUGAUGCUGUUAAAACGUAACGAACAUUCAUACAUAUAUAAUAUGUUCAUGCAUAAUUUAUAUACAUAUGUACAUAAUGAGGGAGAGUCAGUAAAACUUGAAUUGAGGCAUUAACUGAGAAAAAGGACAUCACCUCGUCUUUCUUGAUGUUUAUGAAGAAGGUCGAGUUGCGUGUUCAUCUCACAGGGGUUCAGGGGAAUUUAGAUUUUAUUUUAUUUUUCAUCUUCAAUGUGUUUAUGUUAAAUGAUUCAUAAAACGAAAUGAUACUAAUUAUUGUGGCCAAAAGAAUUCAUGAUAACAAUAUUGUAGCAACAUCUAUAAAAAGUUUUAAUAAUGAUAAUUAUACUCUCAGUCAAUUUCAUCUCGAACAUUUUUCGUGUGUUUUAUCACAUUUUUCAUAGAUUUUCUCCUCCUUUAUAAUUUUUCAUUUAAUAUAGCCACCUGCAUACAGUGCUGAAAGCAGAUGUGUCAUAUCAACACUAUAUCAACACAUUCUUUUUAUUAUUACAGUUAUUGUCACUAAGUGGACGUCGCAUCAGUGAACUUUCUAAAUCCAACACAAAAGUGCAGUUUUUUUCCCCGUUUGAUUCCGACAUGAAUUUAACACGAGGAACAAAUUAUUUAUUUUUAUUUUUAAUUCUGUGUGGUGUCGUCUGAAGGAGUGAAACUGAACUCGUGACAAUAGUAAAAACCUGUUUGUGUUAAAGUGUAAAUAUGAAUCAGUUGAUUAUUUUGGGACUGUACAGAAUUAUGAGAGCUCCCCUUGUGGCCGAUCUAUGUAAGUACCCAAUGACUGUGAAACCUGUUGCACUUGUACUCGUGUACUAUUACUGUAUGUUCUCGUCAUUCCGUUGGAUGGGUUCUGUUUGUUUUUUUCAAUAUUGUGGAACAAAUUAAUACUUUUAACAACGUC